AUGCCCAUCAGGGAGUCGACGGUGAAGAAUUUGGGCAUUGUUCUCUUCAAACAUGGCAAAGUUUCUGUGCAGUGUGAAAUCCCAAAGACAGGUUUUGUGCCCGGAGAGACAAUAGUUGUCAACGCAUACGUAGUGAAUGACAGCUCAAAGGAUAUUGUCAGGGCCACAAUUAAAUUGGUGGAGAUUUCGAAAUACGUCGCCUUUCGCCAUGGUUCUACAUUAAAUCGUGGAUUUUUCAUAACGACUCAAUAUAUGGAUAAUUCUCGUGAACUACGACGGAAAAUUGCUACAGGAGAACAGGAUAUCUGCGUGCCGAAGAAAGGGCGAGGCAACGUCCAACUGUAUCUACAGGUCCCGUCUACAGUACCCACUUUCAACUGCUGUCCUAUUGUCAGCGUUGAGUAUACGGUUGAGGGAUGUGAUUCCCACUGCCAUAUAAUAGUGGGUACGAUUCCGGUGGGAAAUCCAUAUGUUGCUCCGCAACCUUCUGCACCACCGCCAGACGUUCCACUGCCGUCGUCUAGCGAACCCUCGGCACCGCCAUUGGAAACACCCCCGCCAUAUCCGAUAGGGAACGGAGCCAGUGUUGAUCCACCUCCGCCACCCAGUUACGAAGAGGCAGUACAAGGAGUGGGUGGCACCACCAUGGACACCGAUGACAUGGAGCCAUUCGUUCCUCGAUAUCCUUUCUAUCCACAACUGAAGGAUGCCUCCUCAGAGAAAGCGAGCAUUGAUGUGCCC